AUGUCUAAUCAAAAUAAUAGACUCAAGAGGCAUUUUCAGACUUUUAAUCAGACCACAAAGAAUAGUGCAAUCUAACCAGGUGAUCCUUCAUUCACAGUGUUUGAAUCCUAUGUUUUCAAUGAGCCUUAUCUAGGAAACCCAAAACAACUAAAGUUAGAAUUAACAAGAGGUUCAAUCAAUCAGACGCUAAAUUACCCAUAGAAAAACCUUCCAUUUGACAGAAGAUAAAGCAGAGAUAUUGAUACGAUCUCAAAUGCUCAGGUUUUACAAUCAAUAGAAGAUGAAGUAAGAUUUGAGGAAGAUAUAUCAAAUAAAAUAUUGUAAUCAUAAGCCAGGAAUAAAUCCUUUCAUAAUAAAACACGAAGCUACCUUGCUGAUCCUUAAAAUGUUAAACUUGUUGAAAAGGAAUUCAAUCGUCAAGUAAUAUCCCCUGAUAACUUUAACAGACGAAUAUCUUAAGAAAGCUUGAUUGUGGGUCCUAAUUUCCCUCAUAUGUGCUAGACGGUCAGAUUCAAGUAAAUAUUUAAUAAGCAACUUGAAUUCACAAAGAAAAGAGUUAAGUAACUAGAAUCUUAAUAUUAAGGAACUUUAAAAAAUACUAGGAGAAUGAAAGAGACAUUGAACGCAUUAUUUGGAGGAGUAACAACUCUGUAAUCUCAGUAAGAAAAGUAUGCGAAUAAUAUGGAAUUCAUUCCUAAAGGCAUGAAGUCUGAGGUGUUGACAAAUGGAGGUAAACCUGAAAAAUAUCAUGUAUCCCCGAUUGAAGGAAAUUCUAGAAAUAAUUACAAGGUUUAGCAUAAUUAGAAAGUUGAUAAUCUCCUCUUAUUUUAGAAAGUUAAUGAAGAUAUCAAAAGGCAACAAGAUUAGGAAAUACUAAGGGUUAAAUUCACCCAACUAUUGAAAAAAAUGCAUCAGGUCCCACCUAUUAAUCUUGCUGCAUAGACUUAGCUUGAAAAUAUGUUUAUUAAAAGGAAACUAUCCGACAAGAGAGAGAUAUCAUAGAAUAAUCUUAAACUCAUUAAGGAGUACGAAUAAUCAAAUAGGCUUGGUCCUAGUUUUUGGUAGAACUACGAGUAAAAUUUAAAGAAAGGCUCAUUAAAUAGUUAGAAAAGGUCUAGGAAUGAGUCAGUCAACGACAAUCAUAAAACAAUUUCACCUAAUUAUGAGAAAAAUGAAGUCAUUAGGAGAAUAUAAACUACACAAGAUCCUAGUAAAUAGUCUCAUUAUCAGCAAAACAGCAUAACAAAAAUUAAAAGCCAUAGUUCAAAUACAAAAUAAAGUGACAGUAAUAGAGAGAGCUUAUAUAGGUUGAGAAAAAAUCAAAUGUUUGAAAAAGGAGGAGAGAUAUUGAGGUAGUAACUUGAUUAGAAUUAAGAAAAGUAUAUGAUAUCGAAGCAUUCAAUUGAGAAGAUUACUAAACAGAGAGUCAAGGAAUAAUAAAGAAAAAUUAAGCUUUUAAGUGGUGGCACUCAUGGAAACUUGGAUGAAGAUGAUGAUUCUGGUAGUUUCAACCAGUGGGGAUAGUUAUCGCUUAAAAAAUUUGAGAUGACGCUUAUCUGA